UCGACAGGAGUUCGUGACGCCGAUUGGCUUUCGGCAGCCCCUUGAACAACGACAUACAGCUGAGUCCCUCUUUGCUCUCUUUUGCAUUGUAGACUGUGGAUUGUAUCUAGACUAUGUCGCAUCUAUCGCUUCAGUGUAGCGAAAGCCCGCUAGAUUCUCAUCAUUUGGAGGACAGUCCAACAAUUGGUAGGGCCGUUGUGAAUUAUCCCUUGGUUGGCGCCAAUCCGCCGCCGUCACUGUCAAUACCGCCUCCCAGCGAAAAACAGCGGAAAACUCCAGCUCCUAGCCCUCUGCAAACAAGUACGGCAGUGUCUCCGCCUUCAAGCGCAAGCCCAUCUCGAUCAAAAUUCCCCGAACCUAUCCACGAGUUAUUCCCAGGUGUUUCGGUUGCCCAGAUCCUGUCGCGAGAACCGCCACAGUAUCCCCUUCCAACACGCAUCGAUCGUUCAGGUGAUAAUUCUCCAGUCUCACCAUUUUCUCCCAACCACGGGGCGACACCUUUCUCCCAUCCUUCGAAUGAUAUUCCAGGUGUUUCCGACGCAGCCGCAUCCACAAAGCCGCCUGUAGGCUCUACUAGUACGAGAACAAGCGGCAUAAUGGAGAUACGUUAGACUUGUUGGUAAUAUUAAGAGUAUUCUCGGGUAUGUAGCUGGAGUUUAAGAUCGUUACACCGUCGCCUAUUCCCUGGAGUGAGGAGGCAAAUUUGGAGCAAUCCUUCACUUGCCAAGACACGUCGCUAUUCGAAGCGUGAGCGUCAAUAACGAGCAUAGAGCCAAAUAGAGCAUUGACUCUCAUAGUGGAUAUGAGUUUCAGGUAACAGUUCUAUCACAAGACUAAAAGAUACAUAGAAUGUAGAACUUUUC